AUGUUUUUCUCCAACAUCUCAAUCGCGGUUCUUGCCGCUCUUGUUGGCUCUGCCGUGGCAAACCCUAUUCCAGUGAAGGCUCCUACUCCUCAAGGUGUUGACACCGCCGAGAUCUUUGCUCGGAAUGCGCCGACGCCUAAUGGUGUCGACACUGCUGAGAUCUUUGCCCGAAAUGGGGCCCCAACUCCCAAGGGUGUUGAUACCGCCGAGAUCUUCGCUCGUAACACCCCUACUCCUAAAGGCGUUGAUACUGCCGAAAUCUUUGCUCGCAAUGCACCUACACCCAAGGGUGUAGAUACCGCCGAGAUCUUUGCCCGCGAUGCUCCUACUCCCAAGGGAGUUGACACAGCUGAAAUCUUUGCUCGCAAUGCUCCUACGCCUCAGGGGGUUGAUACUGCCGAGAUCCUCGCUCGUAAUGCCCCUACUCCUGAAGGUGUCGACACUGCUGAGAUUUUCGCUCGCAAUGCCCCAACGCCUCAGGGUGUUGAUGCUGCGGAGAUCUUUGCUUAA